CUUUUGCUCUGAGUGAAGAAGACAGAAUGACAAGUACGAGAUCGAUGUCUUCCAACGGCGCCGCCAUUACCAGGAAUGACUCGAGGUCCCCAGUUCAUGCCAGACCAUUUUCUCCGUUCAAUGCCAUCGCAAAUGUGGACGGUCGCUCAUCCUUAGACAGUGAACGCAGUUCCACGUCUUCACCCAUAGUUGGCGUCAAUGGCCAUUCCCGUGUCCCCAUGGACGAGGAGGGCCUGGAACCGAUGGAGAAGCUGAAGAGAGAACUCGAACGCGAGAGAGAGGAGAAAGAAAACCUUGCUGCACAGUACCGCAACCUACUAGCUAAACUCACGACGAUGCGCACAAGCCUAGGCAAUAAACUACAACAGGAUGCUGAAGAACUCGAUAGGAGGGAACAACUCGUCCAGCAUCUUACAGCUCAGAAUGACGAUCUGGUUUCCACAAUUGAGACUUUGAAAGCCGAGCUCAUCGCAUCUCAUGAAGAAGCAGAACGCAAUGCGAAGGAGCUAGAUACAAUUAGAAGCCGGGUCCUGAAUGAGAAUGCGCAGGAAAGCUCUUUACGCGAACGCGAGCUUCGGGAGACUCUGAGUGAGCUUGAGCGGUGUCGCCUUGAGCGCGGCGAAUGGGAGCGCGCCUCAAUGCAGGAGAAGAUGUUGGGAGAUGAAGCAAGAUUGAACCUGGAGAUGCUGAGGCGUGAUCUGGAGACAGAACGCGAAGCUCGAGAUCGAGAGUCAGUCGAAUUGGCUGCGGCACAGGAGACUGCGACUAAUUUGCAGUCAGUGCUAGAGGAUUUCCAAGCAUCCAAGGAACACGAACUUUCACAAGCUGUAAAGGACUACAGAUCUCAACUCGAUGAUGUCACAAUGUCAUUAGCCGAAUUCAAGCGACGGGCUCUGAAUGCGGAGGCCCAGCUCGAUGAGCUGAAAAUUAAUGCCUCGCGGACACAAGAGCUAGAACAAGACGUCAAGGAGAAGAAUUUAUUAAUCGGAAAGCUGCGACAUGAAGCCGUAAUCAUCAACGAGCACCUGAUGGAAGCCCUCCGUAGACUUCGGCGCAACUCUUCCGACACGAACGUAGAUCGGAGACUGGUCAACAAUGUCCUUCUAUCAUUUCUUUCCACUCCGCGUGCCGAUGCGAAACGCUUUGAAAUGCUCACGCUCCUUGCAUCUGUUCUGUCAUGGACGGACGCAGAGCGUGAAAAAGCAGGCCUCCAGCGCUCCUUGAUAACGGCUUCAUCUGCCAAUUCAUUUUGGGGACGUCCGUCAAACGUCGGGUCGCCAAGUCAAAAGCUGGCCGAUUUAGAAAAGACAGACGAGACCGAGUCUUUUUCCCGCCUCUGGGUGGAAUACCUGCUCACAGAAGCAAAUCAGGGCGAAACGCCUGCUAGACCGCCACGCUCGAACGCCUCGGUCCCAAACAGUCCUUUGCAUUCACCAAACACCCUCCUCUCCUCACCAACGGGGCUAAAAGGAACGCGGCGUCUGGUAUCGUUCACGAGCGCCUCAGGCAUGGCAAGCUCGCCAAGCUUGGUACUGCCGCCGUCCCGAAAGGGGAAGGAAAAGGAGGUCGUACCGUGACGUCUGCUGGUCGGACGUGUCGAUGGAUUCGUCGUUAUCUGAUUUUAUUUCAUUUUUGCACGCUCAGACACGUAGUGUAGUUUUUCGUAUUUCAUGUUAUUCAUAAGCACGCGCUGGCGAUUUCUAGGUCUUUGUUGGGAAGCACACUGUGCCUAUCUUGGGAUCUCUAAACGAUGUGAGCACGCGGCUUGCGGAGCCUGGAGGUUUCACAGCUGGGCGCUGAACGUUGAACGUUGAACCACAACCGACAUACAUAGGAGACUUCACAGAUUGAUUUUGCCUCGACAACGAAGCCGGAUAUUGACAUGGUUCGAGGAACGCAAAUGAUUAGAAAAAUCACGCGUAG